AUGUCUGGAACGUACGAGCCACGAAAUCCACACCUCCAGAAUUUGCCUCCCGAGCUCCUACAUAUGAUUUUCGGGCACCUGGAGUAUGCAUCUGAUGUCAAUUCUCUCUCGCAGACUUACGAACGACUGUCUUCCUUCUUUGUGGAGCGGUAUUCUCCUCGCGGGUUCGAAAAUGUGAUCAAUAAUGGCAAUGCAGCCUCAGCGCGCAAGCUGUUUUCAUCCCCGAAAUUCAGCUUGGAAAAAUACACAAGCACCAACGAAUCCCCAGAGAUAACAGCUGCGGACCUCGGUCACCUCGAAAUGUUGAAGCUUAUCAUGGAUAAGAUGUCAUCAACUGCCGAUUCCUUCAAAUUGAUGUUCAGCGCAAUCAGGAAAGAUCAUCUCCACAUCAUCAGCUACAGCGUAGCCGAGUGA